GGGGCUCAGUGAGGCAAACAAGGCACGAGAAGAAGAGAUACAUAUCAUCCAUCACGCGCAAAAUACGUGACUGCUAGAUCUAGAGAGUAAAAUCUUGCGGUGGCGUAGCAAAAGAGAGAGAGAAUCAAACCAUAGAUCAUGAGAACUCGCCGCCCGCACACUCACUCCGCCGCCGCAACCGCAAUUCCAUCCUCUCUUCUUCUAAUUCUAACAACAACAUGUCUCCUUCUUCUCUCUUUUUCAAUUCCCACUCAAUCCGAAGUCAUCACUUUAACCUCCGACACCUUUUCCGAUAAGAUAAAGGAGAAAGAUACUGCGUGGUUUGUGAAAUUCUGCGUUCCCUGGUGCAAGCAUUGCAAGAAUUUGGGCUCGUUAUGGGAUGAUAUAGGGAAGGCAAUGGAAAAUGAAAAUGAAAUAGAGAUUGGAGAAGUUGAUUGUGGCACGGAUAAAGCUGUUUGUUCUAAAGCUGAUAUUCACUCAUAUCCUACGUUUAAGGUUUUCUAUGAUGGAGAAGAAGUUGCCAAAUAUCAAGGUACAAGGGAUGUUGAAUCAUUGAGAACUUUUGUUUUGGAUGAAGCUGAAAAGGCAGCAGCAAAAGCACAACUCGACAGUGAUAAAGAAUUGUAACUAGUUUUGAGGUAGCAACCGAGCCUCCCACUCCCUUCACAAUUAUUCUUUAUUCUCUCUAGAAUUUUGUGAUAGUAUGUUGUAAGGGAUGACUUAAAAUCUCAGACGACGGUGUUAAAUCAGUGUGUGAGGCCAUUUUUCUUUUUUGUUUCACAUUUGAUAUUGAUUCUAGGAAAGUUCUGUUGAGGAUAUCUUAAUUCUUGUGAACAAAUUUCCCAUUUAGGAUGAAUUACCUGAAAAGAAUGGUUAGUUCAGUCAA